AUGACCGGCGAGCUGUCCAGGACGAGGGACUUGUCGGUGAAAUCUUCGCCCUCGGUCGCUACAUCCACCUCGCGACAGUCGACGUCCUGCUCGGAUGUGGCCCUCGACCGGGAGGUGACGAUGUACGGGUGCUUUAAAUUUAAUCCCAGUUCAAGAAAUGCACGAAAACUGUUCAUGACACACAUGUUGAUUGUGCUGCUCAUACCGAUAGCAUCGGUCGUAAUGCAAAACAUGAUACUGCUUCAGCAACACGUGAAGUCCUACAGCGAAACAGUGCUGGCCAACGAGGAGAUGGGACUAACGAUUAACAUAACGCGCCUAUUGAACGUUAUCCAGAACGAACGCAUGAGUCUCGUGUUUUAUAUGCUGACGGGCAAAAAUCGAUCCCAGGUGGAGCGCUCCAUCGAAAACACCAACGCUGCCCUCAGCCAUCUUGGGGAGGAUCUUAAUUAUCUACUGCCAGCGGGCACCGCAAAUCAAACGCUGAUUGCUGACAUGAGCAAAGCAAGGAAUGUUAUGCUUGGAUUCAAUACGCCCGAGAAUGAGUCAUUUACAGGGUUGGACUAUUUCGAGCCGUACAAUGCGCUUAACCGAUACGUCAUUAAUGAGAUCGUGCGCAGUACCGGUACGUCGAUCAGCUCCACAGUCUGGCGUCAGUUUGUGGUGUACAAAAACCUGAUAGAGGCGAUCGAAAGCAUCAACAUUGCGGCGAUCCUCGUGCUGCAGUUCAUGCGCUAUGGCUACCUGGGUCUCGCGGACUAUGCCCAAUUUGUACGACGAGAUGCUGCCGCGCUGGAUUACAUAGCAUCAGCUCAGAAUUUUAUGACCACGCUUAACAUCAUCUCCGGUGCGGAGUUUCAGGUGAUGCAGUACUGGCGCAGCCAAGUGCUGAUCAAUAUGUCUGCGUCCUAUCGCAAGGAUGCGCUGAUCGAAUACUACCUAUCCGUGACGACCAUCUUGAGCAAUCUGCAAAUGGUGCAGGAUCAGAUACAGGCCGAUGUGAAGGAGACGUUACUGGAAGAAAUUCACAGUGCCAGAAACCACCAAUCGAUCUCGAUAGGGCUGGUCGUGGUGAUAUUCAUCAUAAGUCCAAUAUUAGUGCUAAUGAUACGUGUUGCUACCAGCACGAUACAAAACUAUUCCACGAAGCUAAUGGCGCGCACGAUGGAGCUGCGCAUGGAAAAGGGCAAGUCCGACCGUCUACUCUACCAGAUGCUGCCCCCAGCCGUAGUCAAGCAGCUGAAGCAACAGCGUCAAGUGCCGGCAGAAACGUUCGAUGCGGUGACUAUAUUUUUCAGCGACAUCGUCGGUUUUACCGACAUCUCGGCCAGCAGCAGCGCGAUGGAGGUGGUCAUCAUGCUGAACACACUGUAUCGUUUGUUCGAUUCGAUCAUUCUAAAGUACGACGUGUACAAGGUGGAAACGAUAGGAGACGCGUACAUGGUUGUUUCAGGUUUGCCGCAGCGCAACGGGAUUCGGCACGGUGGAGAAAUAGCUAUGAUGUCGCUAGAUUUGGUUUGUGGUAUUUCAGGAUUUACCAUACCACAUAUGAAGAACAGGACGCUGGAAAUACGCGUUGGCAUCAACACCGGACCGUGUGUAGCAGGUGUGGUCGGUACCACCAUGCCAAGGUACUGUCUUUUUGGUGAUACCAUAAACACUGCCUCCCGCAUGGAGUCGACCGGAGAGCCAAUGAAAAUUCAUAUCUCGGAAAGCACCAAAGAGGUGUUGGACAAACUGGGAGGAUUCAAAAUCAAACUUCGUGGAACAGUAGAUGUUAAGGGUAAGGGAACAAUGCAGACAUUCUGGUUGAUGGGACACGCGCUUUAUGAGCAUCUCACACCAGAUAUGCUUAUACCGAUGUACAAGCAAAACGUAGUCACUGAACCUGAUUUCCUACAAAUAAUCUAA